AUGCGUCCAUCUCCCAGCGACUCCUCGUCCGAGCAGUCCUCUUCUCAGCCGCCGGAGCAGCAGUCCGAGUUCGAAUCGGCUUUGGAUCCUGAUCAAUAUGAUCCCUACAAUCCUUACUCAUAUGCAGGCCAUAGUGCUGAGACGUCGGAGGAUGGGGGACAUGCGCCUUCGAUGAACCCGUACGAACUCCCUCCAGGUUAUGACGCAGCCACUCUUGAUCCCUUCUACAAUCCCUCUAUGGGUUACCACAACCAAUCCCUCAACUUCCAUCUCUACACCUCCCCUCGCCCGGAAGCUCUCUCACACCGGUACUUCAUCUCCGAUGAGAUUCGAGAAGAGCUGCAGAGACGAUCGGAGACUGUCCGUGCCGCGCCGCCCAACGGCCUCGGUCUGCCAGAGGAGCUGCAGGGAUACCACUCCCUCGUUCCGCUAGAGCCCAUUGGCGCAGAGCGUCGCAAGUUCGGCAACUGGUACUCCACCUUGUACCGCGCAACGAACUCGAGCGACGGCGUGACCUACGUUCUGCGCCGCGUUGAGAACUUCCGUCUCAUGCAGCAAGCCGCAUUCUCAAGCAUCGAGACGUGGUCACGCCUUCGACAUCCGAACAUCGUCUCUGUGCACGAGGCGUUCACGACUCGCGCAUUCAAUGACUCGUCCCUCGUCGUGGUGUACGAAGAUCAUCCGGACGCGCAGACCAUCCACGAGGCGCAUAUCAAGGUCAAGCCACCCCAGUUCCAGCACGGGCGGCUGCAGGCACAGUCCAACCGCGUCUCUGAGCGUACCAUAUGGUCGUACAUCAUCCAAAUCGCGAAUGCGCUCAAGGCAACACAUGACGCUGGGCUUGCCGUGAGGCUCAUCGACGCGACCAAGAUUCUUGUCACUGGCAAGAACCGGGUGCGACUGGGCUCGUGCGGCAUAGUGGACGUGCUCAUGUACGACAUGCCGGCGGACCUCACGCAGAUGCAACAGGAUGAUUUGACGAUGCUCGGCGCACUCAUCAUGCAGCUGUGCACGGGCAGCAUGAGCUCGAUGCACAACAUCCAGAAGGCGGUCGAGAGCAUUGGCCGGAACUACUCUGCGGACCUGAAGAGCGUCGUGCUCUUCUUACUCUCGAAGCCCGCGCACAGGACUAUCGGACAGCUCUUCGACAUGAUCGGCAGUCGGCUGCUGACCGAGCUAGACGAGACUCAGAACGCCGUCGACCGACUGGAGGGCGAGCUGAUGACCGAGCUCGAGAACGCGCGCCUCGUCCGUCUGCUCUGCAAGUUCGGUUUCAUCAACGAGCGCCCCGAGCACAACCACGAGACGCGAUGGUCAGAAACCGGCGACCGGUACAUCGUCAAGCUGUUCCGGGACUACGUCUUCCACCAAGUCGACGAGGUCGGGCGGCCGGUCGUGGACAUGACCCACGUGCUCGCGUGCCUCAACAAGCUCGACGCGGGCACGGACGAGCGCAUCAUGCUCGUCUCGCGCGACGAGCAGAGCUGUCUCGUCGUUAGCUACCGCGAGGUCAAGGCAUGUAUCGAGUCUGCGUUCACUGAACUGGUUCGAGCUUGA